AUGGCUGGCAAAAAGAAAAGCCGAAAAGGCAAAGCCGUGGUCAAGGUAACCGAGCCGAGCCGCGCGAUCGAAAAUCCGGUGCCCAAGAAUCCGGGGAAGAACCCCAUUCUAAAAGAUAAUUGGGGAAAAGACCCAACCACAGACGAGGAGAUGCAAAGCUGGAUGGAUAACAUGAAAAGCUUGCUACUCCACCGCCUCACCUACUUUCGAAGAAAAGCGGCUGAGGAGACCACGAGACAAGCGAUCGAGAACUGCACAGCGACCCUCGAUGCUAAGUGGCAGGAAUGGGUACCGGAAGAUGAGCAGCAGCAGAAGACAGACGUGCAAACGGGCGAAAUUUUCGAUCCCAUGGAGAGAGUACGAAUGUUGGCUGAAAUGAGCCGCCUGAAAAUGCCUCUGGAGAAGAUCCACAAGGAAGCGAACACGGAUGGUGCCCAUAAUGCCUACCAACUAGCUCAGCAAACCUGGGAAGACUUCCAUUACUAUCAGAACGAAUGGAACAGGCGAGGAUUCCGGUUGGGCUACGAACCGAAAGAGAAGGGGAAAAACGAGAAGGAAAAGGAGGAUAGAAGGAAAUAUAAGGAAGCCAAUGACCUUCUAAAGUGGCGGGAGAACUUAAUUCAGUUGUACGACAAAUGGAAGAUCGGAGAUCGAGCGAGCAUGCCUGAAGAGCUAGGGCCCAAAAAUCUCCAUGUUUAUCCGGACAAUAUCAGGAAUACGACACCCCAGAAUCGAAGGAAAGCCCACCUUAACGAAAAGUUCCCAAGGCGCGAAGUUCAGCUGGAUGAGGAAGCUAUCAAGGAACGACGAGACAAGGUUGAAGAACAGCGAAGGGAAAAGGAGGAGAACGAAAAUGAUACGGUGGACACAUCGAAAUGGGCCGCCACAGAAACACUCCCUCCACAUCACAAGCCCUAUUACGCUGCAAUUGAAAAGACCAGUCCGUGGGAGUGGUCAAACGACUCAGAAGUACAGAAAGUGUGGACCAUUUUCGAUACCAAUAAGGAGGGGCCGGCUGUUGGCAACGUAGAAGUGGAACUUAAAGUCAAGAAACCAGACGAGAGGCCCCGGUACCUGACCCAUACAAUCCCACGUCAGGUCCGAGACUUCACCUAUAAACUUCAUGAAGUCGCUCCAGGCGUGGAGAAGCCCGAAGACGAUGGCGAGCAGUGGGUCGGAAAGUAUGAGAAGGACCGCUUGGUGGAUGAGGAAGUUUUCAGAUUGGACGAUCAGGGCGAGAGAAUACCGGAUACAACGCAGUACUACAUAUAUGAAAAGCCUACUUAUGUCUUGAAGGACGAGAUCAAUUCUAAGCAGGGCCCUGGACGUAAAGAGCGAGCGGAGCUGCGAGCUGUUGCACGCGCGAACCGUGGGAUCGCAGGGCACAGUCCAGGUGAUGGACCUGGAGAUGACUCGUACGGCCCGGGCGGCGCUGGUGGCGGUGAUGGUCCGCGCAUACGUCCUGAAGGCACCGGAAGAGACAAUACAGAUGGGUCAGGCGAAACGGGUGGUGGUCCUGCCGAGGAGCCGGACGGCCCAGGAGACGGCGCAGGUGGCUUAAAUGGUUCUGUGGGUAGCUCUCCCAAAGAUCUGCAUGGAACAGAUCCAGGAGAAGAUGACAACGACGAUGAUGACGACGACGACGGCGACGACGACGACGAUGGCGAUGACGAUGACCUCUUUUGGCUGUUUUAUCAAGCGUGCUCCGGAUGUAAAUGCACUGAAGGGCAGGCAUGCAAGUGCGUGGACUGCAAGUGCAAGGGGCAUGAUGACGGAGAGGCGACCAAGGAUUCAGAUCCUUCUACCAGUGGAAGCCCAAACUCAUCACCCAAGUCGGAUGCCGACGACUCUACUCCCGGCGGUAAAGGCCUCGGCGCCAGUGGAGCGAAAACGGAUAGCAAUAACCUCACCUCUGCUGCUGCAACACAUGCCGAUCCUCCACCGUCUAGUCCCGUUGACGAUGAUAUGUCAGAUACAGCUGAAUCUUCGCCAGAUGAGUCUUCUUCGUCAGAUGAAUCUUCUUCGUCAGAUGAAUCUUCUUCGUCAGACGAAGAUAGUGGCUCUGCUAAGUACAUUGAAUGCGCACAGAAGAAGAGGUUGCUGACCGAGUGGCUUGAACUGGACCCCAAAGAUCCUACAAGAUGUAUAGCUCAUUACACGAGAAAGGCGAAAGAUGGAAGGCCCUACACUCAAGCCGACAGUAUUCCAGAGUUCCGAGCAGAUGCACCAUUGAUAAGCAAGGAUAAGGGGGAGUUUGAGGUUCUCCCAAAAGAUGCCUCGAUCCCAAGCUUCAGAAAAAAAGCAGACAAGGAGAAGUUUCCAAUAUGGACUAAAGACUCCGAAGGCACUGGAUGGUCACGAGGUCCCCUGAGAUGGAAACUGACUGCAGUCUUGCGCAAGUUUCGCAAAGACAAUGGAGAGUAUGCCGGAUCGUACGAGUGGAAAGACAUCGAUCGCCUGCUCGACGGAAACCCAAACGAUAAGGAAUUCCAUAAGGUCUACAACAAGUGGUUAAUGCAACCCUUCCGCAGGGGGGACAAUGACUAUAAAGCAGGGAUGCGCGAGAACCAGCCUUGGCAACCCGAGGAGACCCAGGAGCUCUACGACUACAUCAGAGAUUGCAUCGAAGAGCACAGCAUGUUCCAACUGCUGGAGAAGAAGUUUCCGUACCAAAAGGCUGCGGAUCGAGUUAAUGCGAAGCGCAAAGAAUUGGGCUACCAAGGCCGUGAUCGAACUGAAAGUUCUAUCAAGUCAAAGAUGAACCAUGAUAAGCAGGUUCAAGAGCUCCGAGAGCGUGCCAAACAACUGGAGCAGAAACAGAAAGAGAACGGGACAGUCUCGGAGGCCGAAUUAAAGCCCAAGAUUACGCUCAAGGUUGAGAAGAAGCGCAAGCAUAAGGAGAGCGAGACGGGAGGCGAUGAAGGUGGCGAAGACGACGGUGAAAAGAUAGCCUCAGAUGAUGAACGGCCACUCAAGAGAUCCAGGAAAUGA